AUGGUACCACCGACCGACGACACUGCGCUCGACUUGGAAUUUCUGGGAAGGGGUUUUACGGAUUCAAAUACCACUGGCACGAAUCCGAUCGUUGGAGUCUCAGGAUGGAGAAAUGGGAGGAAAAAACUGGAUGCCCGGCUCCGGCUAGACUCUACGUAUUGCAUGUUACGGUCAUAG